UAUUCUACGUACGCGUCGUUCGUGAAUUGUUCUGUUUCGGCAUUUCUCAAACAACGUGGGCUGUGGAUGUGGCAGUGAAGCACUGCGAUUCCGCCUGACAGCGUGUCUCCACUUUGCAGUGCACUUACAGGUGUAGCUGUGUUUGGUUUUCCAGUACAGAGGUCCUGUGCUUUCAGUGCCAUGUUUGCCAGGCUGGCUUCUUUCCCUCGCCUGCCAUCCAAAAUAAGGCAGUCAAAUGUCAGUCCAGUCUCCAUCAGAGCCUUUUCCCAGGCUAAAUUUUCGCUCCCUCGCUCUCAUGGGAAAUCCUUUGCACACCGCAGCGAGUUGAAGCAGGCUAAGCGCAUUGUAGUGAAACUUGGGAGCGCUGUGGUGACGCGUGGAGAUGAGUGCGGUCUGGCACUUGGACGUCUGGCCUCAAUAGUAGAGCAGGUGGCCAUGCUGCAGAAUCAAGGUAGGGAGAUGAUGAUUGUCACAAGCGGUGCUGUGGCGUUUGGGAAGCAGCGGCUGAGACAUGAGAUACUGCUGUCUCAGAGCGUCAGACAAGCCUUACAUUCUGGACAGAACCAACUCAAAGACAUGUCAGUCCCAGUUCUGGAAGCAAGGGCGUGCGCUGCUGCUGGGCAGAGUGGUCUGAUGGCGCUGUACGAAGCUAUGUUCACCCAGUACAGCAUCUGUACUGCGCAAAUUCUGGUCACUAAUCUGGACUUUCACGAUGAGCAGAAGCGCCGGAACCUAAACAGCACGCUACACGAACUGCUGCGUAUGAAUAUCGUCCCGAUAAUUAACACCAAUGAUGCUGUUGUUCCACCCCCUGUUCCCAACAGUGACCUACAGGGAGUAAAUGUAAUAAGCAUCAAAGAUAAUGAUAGCUUAGCUGCACGGCUGGCUGUUGAAAUGAAAGUAGACCUACUUAUUGCCCUCUCUGAUGUUCAAGGAUUAUAUGACAGCCCCCCAGGAACAGAUGAUGCCAAGCUCAUUGAUAUAUUCUAUCCUGGAGACCAACAAUCAAUCACAUUUGGCACUAAAUCCAGAGUUGGUAUUGGCGGCAUGGAGGCAAAGGUGAAAGCAGCCCUCUGGGCACUGCAGGGUGGCACCUCUGUCGUCAUUGCCAACGGCACAGAUCCUAAAGUCACCGGUCACGUCAUUACAGACAUUGUGGAAGGGAAGAAAGUUGGCACCUUCUUCUCUGAAGUGAAACCUGCAGGCCCAACUGUGGAGCAGCAGACAGACAUGGCCCGACAUGCAGGCAGGACUCUGGCCUCCCUGCUCCCUGAACAGAGAGGGGAGAUCAUCUGCUGUCUUGCUGAGUUGCUUACAGAGAAGAAAGAAGAAAUUCUUAAUGCCAACAAGAAAGACAUGGAGCUAGCAUCAACAUUAGGUCGUCUGUCCCAGCCUCUGAUCAAUCGCCUGAGUCUGUCAACUGCCAAGCUGAACAGUCUUGCCAUUGGGCUGCGUCAGCUUGCUGUUUCCUCCAGGAAUAGCGUUGGUCGGGUACUGAGGAGGACUAGAGUGGCCAAUAACCUAGAGCUGGAACAGAUCACUGUCCCCAUAGGUGUCCUGCUGGUCAUCUUUGAGUCACGCCCUGAUUGUCUCCCACAGGUGUCAGCACUAGCAAUUGCCAGUGGAAAUGCUUUGCUCCUGAAGGGUGGCAAAGAAGCCUCCAACACCAACAAAAUUCUCCAUCAACUCACUCAAGAAGCCCUUUCAAUUCAUGGUGUAGCAGAUGCCAUUCAGCUGGUGAGCACACGUGAGGAAGUUGAGGAUCUGUGCAGACUAGACAAGUUGAUCGACCUGAUCAUUCCGAGGGGCUCGUCCCAGCUAGUCCGGGGCAUCCAGAAGGCAGCGAAGGGCAUUCCUGUUUUGGGCCACAGUGAGGGCAUCUGUCAUGUCUACAUAGACAGCGAUGCCAGCAUUGACAAAGCCAUCGAUAUUAUCAAAGACUCCAAAUGUGACUACCCUGCUGCCUGCAAUGCCAUGGAGACUCUUCUUAUUCACAGAGAUUUGCUGCGUACGCCUAUGUUUGACCAGAUCAUUGACAUGCUGAGAACAGAAGAAGUAAAGAUUCAUGCUGGCCCCCGGUUUGCAUCCUAUUUAACUUUCAGCCCAUCUGAGGUGAAGUCACUGAGGACAGAGUAUGGGGACCUGGAAUGCUGCAUUGAGGUUGUUGACAGCAUGCAGGAUGCUGUGGACCACAUCCACAAAUACGGCAGCUCCCACACUGAUGUCGUUGUUACAGAGAAUGAAGAAACAGCCGAACAGUUUCUGCAGCAGGUGGACAGCGCCUGCGUAUUCUGGAACGCCAGCUCGCGCUUUGCUGAUGGCUACCGCUUUGGCCUUGGAGCUGAGGUUGGCAUCAGUACAGCACGGAUACAUGCCAGAGGACCUGUAGGUUUGGAGGGACUUUUGACCACCAAAUGGGUCCUUCGAGGGGAGGGACACGCUGUGGCUGACUUCUCUGAGCAAGGCAGCAUGAAAUACCUUCAUGAAAACAUUCCUGUGCCCCAGGGGAGUUUUAAUUAGGUGUCAGCAAAACAAGUCAAGAUAACAGAUGUCCACAUAGGGUUUAUUUAAAAGUUUGUGUCUGUCAUUAGAAUUUCAACUCUCGAGCUGCUUCACAAUCCUGUUUAGAUCUGUUUUGUUGGUGCUUGGAAAAAUGGAGACAUCUUUUAUCAGACAGCCAACAUCAUGGUUUUGUGAACCUAAAUGUGAAAAUCCAUGCUUUACCCAAGAAAACUGACUGGUUGCUAAAUAAAUGAGAGAAAAAAAUGUAAAAGUAAAACAUAAUGUAGGAAUGGACAAAGGUCUUUCCACUCCCAGCUCAUGUUUGUAAUUGGAUCUAAAGAAAUCAUUGUUCCAGCUGUGAUUUUUUAAUUUAUUUUUCUAUAUGCACACUCUCCUGGGGUCUUGCUUAUCCGUGGUCUUGUUUUGGAUUUAGUUUGCUGUUUUUUUUCCUUUUUGCACAGAUAAUGUAAUAAAUAUGUAUG